CGGUCAUAUUGAGCAGGAAACAUCACUUUUAUUCUCCCGGUUGAAUAAUUUCCGAUUUGUGUGGCGAAAAAUGGCCCAAAAUACAGAUGAGUUAAAAAUACGAAUGAGUAUGACGAGAGAAAAUCUAAUUAAUCUAUGCAAAAAGAAUAAACUCUAUUUAACGCCGUAUUUGAAUGAUGUUCUGUAUUUGCAUUAUCAAGGAUACCGAAAAAUUGAAAAUCUCGACGAAUUCAUUGGAGUAAAGUGUUUAUGGUUGGAGUGUAAUGCGAUAUCUGAAAUAUCUGGGUUGGAAAAUCAACGGGAAUUGCGCUGUUUGUAUUUGCACAACAAUUUUAUUCGGAAAAUUGAAAAUCUCGAUAAUUGCAUGCAUCUCGAUACCCUGAAUUUAUCACACAAUUACAUAAAAUCAAUUGAAAAUUGUAAUUCAACAAUAUUACCAAAUUUGAAUACGCUAAAUCUAUCGCACAAUUCUUUGUGUGCCAUUGAUGGACUGGAAGAAUUGAUUCAGUGUAAAAACCUAUCCGUUUUGGAUAUUUCACAUAAUCGCAUUGAAGACGUAUUGAUUGUGAAAAUUUUAUCACAAAUACCCGAAUUGAGAGUGCUUACGUUGACUGGAAAUCCGGUUAUAAAUGAAAUUCCAUCGUAUCGGAAAACAUUGACCGUGGAAUGUAAAAAUCUGACCUACUUGGAUAGUCGUCCGGUUUUCGAGAAGGAUCGUGCAUGUGCUGAAGCUUGGAAGCGUGGUGGUUAUGAAGAAGAGAAACAAGAAAAAUUGAAAUGGAAAGCCGCACAGCAGAAGAAAGUUUUCGACAGUGUACGAGCUACUCUAAAAUUUCGUCAAAACCUACAUACAAGGAAAUCGUCAUCGCAAUCAAUCGAUGCCGAUGACAACAGUUGCACAAAUGUCCCAUGCGCUGAGUCCAAUAUCAACGAAAUAAUAGAGAAUGUGGAAAAUGCUAUAAAAACAACUAUAUUUGGCGAACAGAUUAAUAAUACGGAAUCGGAGUCAAUAUGUGCAGAUGCCGAUAGUGAAGUAGAUUUCAAUGAAAGAACCAUUCCCUGCGAUUCGAAUGAGACUAUUUCUCUGCAGACACUUGAAAACGAAGACAACUCAAAGUUAUUGACAAUGGUCGAACCCAGUGUGAUGACUUCCAACAUUGACGUAGCCGAAUACAAAAAAUAUAAUACAAAUAUUCUAAAUAUUUGUAUUGAAUCAGAAAAUGGGAAUGGAUCUACUGCUGAUCGAACUGAAGACAGAAAUGGCACACCAAACUCAUCAAAACCAAUCAUGAUCGAGGUGCUCUCGGAUUCAGAUUCAAGUGAUUCAUCAAAAGUUGACGAUCCAAGCAAUUCGAAUGACAGCAGAAAAGCUACGGAUAGUAUUGAGAUAAUCGAUUCUAUGGAACAAACACCGGUUGGUUUCAGUGAUAAUAAUUACACUGCCGAUCCAAUUCAUGACAGCAACGAGACCAAAUCGAAUAAAAAUUCCAUAACCUUCUAUUGUGGAAAUUUGGACGCGUUGAAGGGAACUGACAGUGGUUCUGAUUGCAGCAUUGAAGAGAUCUAA